CACAAGCAAACACGCCGCGGUAGCAAUAUUGCGCGGUAUUGCUCAGAAUUGGUGCUCUGAUUCAACCCGCUGGACCGAGUCACCGCCGCAUCUUCGUCCGGUGCCGCCCAGUUCCACCGUCAGCGGGUGCAGCCGCGGCCGAGACCACCCAGCCGAGUAACGGCAGCACAGCCCGGAAUCGUUCCUCCCGUGUUUGUCCAUAUAUUGGGCCUUGGACGAGGGUUUGUACCGUCCUCACCUUGACCUUCCUCGCCCGACGCUCCUCUUCCUCGCACCCUCGAGGCCUACCACCCCCCAACUCUCCCCGCCAGACGCAAUCGUCCAGUGUCUGCUGGCUGUCGCCAUGGUUUACCUCCCGGUAAACACCCUGCUGCUGGCGCUUGCCGCCCCGCUUGCCAACCAAGGGAUCGCCACCAACAGCUUCAACCUCGCGGCGCGCGCCACCCACCAGCUCGGCGGGGGCGUGCCCCUCCGGGUCAUGCCGCUGGGCGCGUCCAUCACGUACGGGCAGGCCUCGACCGACGGCAACGGCUACCGCGAGGACCUGCGUGCGCAGCUGGUGGCGGCCGGCAACCCCGUCAACAUGGUGGGCUCGCGGCAGCACGGCAAGAUGCGCGACAACGACGUCGAGGGCUGGCCCGGCUUCCGCAUCGAGCAGGUGCGCGCCAAGGCGCUGGCCAGCGCGUCCGUGCCCAAGUGGAAGCCCAACGUGGUACUGAUCAACGCGGGCACCAACGACGCGGCGCAGAACUUCAGCGUCGGCACCGCCGGCGCCCGCAUGGAGAGGCUCAUCCGCGACGUCCUGGCCGCCAGCCCGCGCGCCGUCAUCGUGCUGAGCACCCUGCUGGUGAACAAGAAGCCGGCCACGGAGGUCAACGUGCUGGCCAUCAACAGGCAGUACGGCGACAUCGCCAGGAAGCUCAGGGCCGAGGGCAAGCACCUGGUCCUCGUCGACAUGCACAGCGACAACGGCCCCACCCUCGCCGACCUGUCGGACAGCACUCACCCCAACGACCUGGGCUACAGCAAGAUGGCGAAUAUCUGGUUCGCCGGCAUCGUGGCCGCCAGCGAUGCCGGCUGGCUGCAGGCGCCCGAGUUCGUCCCGGGUGUCCCCGACGAUGGCGCGUAAAGCGGGUGGCGGUUGUCUCGGGGCUGCGGUAAUGAAGGAGCUGUUCAUCACUGCAUUGCUGGGCGUUUUGGUGCUGGGCGCAUAUAGACGAUCUGACGGGAACGGGACUUGGGGAGACGGGGGCAUGUCGGAUGUUGAAUGGAUCGUUCCGGACUUGGUGUCAAUGGAGUUGUUGCGAUCAUGCUGCAUGGGUUAGAAUACAUUGAGCUAGGUCGUCCAGCACGACUGGACUGUUAGACGAAAGGCAUCAGCAACAAUCUGCUGAGUACUGCGUUUCAGAGACCAGAUAGUUACCUUUCGAGAUAUUUCUGGCAAGAGUCGCGCCCAAAGUUCCCUUGGAACUUUCAUCUUGCAUCAAUGGUGAGCCACAAGCUAUCAUAGCGUGUCCCGUCAAGCUGCUCUUAUAUGUAAUCAAUGCCCGCUCGAAGACGGUUUUGAAGCCUACGAGCUCGAAAGAUGCACGAGCUCGAGAGGUGCUAACAAUCCAUUGCUCAAACUUGUGACAAGAAAAGAAACCUGGAAUGCCGCAACAGAUCAGGAGCCGGACGCGGCGCUUUGUGAAUACGCG